GAUUCCACUGAACAACGUAUAGAAUAGAUAAAAAUUUUUAAAACUUUUCAACUCUUGUCAUGCACUCCUACCCACGGUCUUGGAAUUCUUAAAACUGUGUUCUUACUACGGGUACAGAACAUAUCAAAUUAUUUAAAUUUUAAUCUAUUCUGUGUUCAUACUCGCUAGUGGCUACUACUUUCACACUUAACUGGGCACAGCAGCACAAGCGCAAAAACGAAAGACACGUUAUCUUAAUUUUAUGGUUAUGGAAGUAAUAUGUCAAUGAUACAACCUUCAAACACCAUGAGUGAUAAUGAUGGAUUAAUUCCUAGCUGCAGCACCUCAAAUCCUAUACCAAGCUCUAAUAUAACUGAUUCAAAUCCAAAUCAUAAUAAGAGAACUCAAAUUUCAAAUUGCAACACUAGUAGUUUAAAUGAUGGUUGUAGUAAUCCAGGUCCAUCUAAUGAAGAUGAAGAAUUAACUUUACCACGUGCAUCAGUCAAUAAAAUGAUUAAAGAUGCUUUACCAAAUAUUCGUGUUGCUAAUGAGGUGAGAGAAAUGAUAAUGAACUGUUGCACAGAAUUUAUACAUUUAGUAUCAUCUGAAGCUAAUCAAGUAUGUAUGGCUCAACAGAAAAAAACCAUAAAUGCUGAACAUUUAUUGACAGCUCUUGACCAUUUGGGAUUUGGUGAUUAUCGAGCUGAAGCAGAAGAAGUUGGUAAAGACUGUCAAUCAAAAAGAAGAAGACAAAGUACAAGACUUGAAAAUUUAGGCAUACCAGAGGAAGAAUUAUUACGACAGCAACAAGAAUUGUUUGCUAAGGCCAGAGAAGAGCAAAUGGCUCAAGAACAACAACAAUGGCAAGAACUACAAGCUGCAGCUCAACGAGCUGCUAUUAAACCUAAGACUGAAGAAAGCAGUGAUGAAGACGAUUACUCCUAAUUUAUAGUUUUACAGAAUUGUAGACAAUUCACAUUCAUCAUCAUUAAGAGUUGAAUUUUUUUUCUUAAUUUGUUAUCAUCAGUUUGUACAUUUUUACUAUAUAGUAUCUAAUU